CUUCUUCCCACGCUUCUUCGGCUUCAGCGGUUUCUCUUCUUCCUCCGGGCCGGAAGUUUCAGCGUCAGCCACCUCUUUCUUAGGCUUCAGGGGCUUCUCUUCUCCUUCGAGGCCGGACGCGUCAUCGCCGGCUGCCUCUUUCUUCGGUUUCUUCUCUUUCUUAUGCUUCUCUGGCGCGUUCUCAGCGUCGAAUACGUCAGCGACAGACACUCCAGCGUCAGACGCACCCUCGGGCUCAUCG